AUGAAAGCGUUGAUUUAUUCCUUGCUUGCGUACAUUUUGUUGGACGCAAAUGUCCUGGCAGUUUUGCUAGUUAAAGACCUCUCAUCAGGAAUUGUUGACGAGUUUGAGGAUUCGGAAGCACUUUUUGGUGGAGCAGUUUCUCAGGAGUCCUUAAUACUGGGACGAAUUUAUGCAUCCAAACCACUAGAAGGCUGUGUGGACCAAAUUCCCAAACCUAAAGAUGAUCACAAUUCAACUCUUCCUUACAUCUCACUCAUCAAACGUGGAGACUGCUCUUUUGUAGAUAAGGCUUUAGCGGCCGAAAGAGGUGGAUAUAUUGCAACUGUUAUUUUCAAUGAUGUGGACGACAGUACUUUCCCAAUGGGCUACAAUUCGUCCACAAAUGUCAGUAUUCCUGUCGUAAUGGUUGGUUUGUCUGACGGCGAGCUCCUACUAAAUAAGUACUGCGUGCCACAUUAUUUUGUUGAAAUACUACCUGCUCAUCGCCGAAGUAUCGUGUUGUAUCUUAUUCCACUCAUAACAUGUCUGCUGAUAUCUGUAGUCGCAUUGAGUGUGGCAUAUGGGAUUCGGCUUUUGAAUCGAUACCGGAGAAGAUAUCGUUAUUGCUUACCAGUAAAAGAGUUACGUAAAAUACCUGAAACUUUAUUUGUUAAAGACUCCAAUGAAUUUGAAACUUGUGCAAUUUGUUUAGAAGAUUAUAAAGAUGGUGAUAAAUUGAGAGUAUUACCAUGUGGGCAUGCUUACCACAGUAAAUGUGUAGAUCCGUGGCUUUUAAAACGUCGUGGUUUUUGUCCUAUAUGUAAGAAGAAAGUUCACAAUCGUCCUAGAGUCUACAUUUCAACUUCUACAAGAUAUAGACGCGCUUCUGCAUAUGCCACUACAUCUGAAGCUCCACUUUUGGAUGAUUCGUCUUUCGAAGAAGAUUCUGAUUCAGAAGAUACUACUUCAUCACCUCAGUUAAGUUUCUACAGUGAGAACGUCCAUUCAGAUGAACAUACUCCGCUUAUUAAUGUUUCUGUUGAACAAUCAAGUGCUUCAUCACUUAGGCGAAUGAAGAUGACUACCUCAAUUCGUGAAACCUUGGAAAGCUUUCUGACAAAUGUAUCAAGUUCUUAUUCCAGAGGUCAUAAUUCAUCCGACUAUGAACAGGGAACUAAUAAUGUUAAUACAGCCGUGGAAUUACAACCUGAAUGUUCUCAGAUUGUCGCUGAAUCCCUCGUAAAAGGUAAACAGUGUAGUGAAAGUGACACUGAAUCUGGACUAAAUAAUGAAAUCAAUGAUAGUCGGUCACCUUCAGUAAUGAUUACUCAUGUUGAAGUGCAUACGGAUUGUGAUUUAUCAUGUAUGCACAAAUCUCAUGCUUAA